UAAGUUGCACUGAGUUAAACUUUACACAGGACGCACACAAUACUGUCGAAGUUAAAAUUGAUGCACAAAUUAUUAUGUGUGUCUGUUGAGCAUGGAGUACUGUGACGAAAAAAAACGUGUUACUUUUCUAAUCGGUUCUGUUUAAGAGUGCUGGCUUUAUUACUAACAUUUCGUUUAUAAGUUUGACAGUGGUUGAUUUUAACACAUACGGAACACUAUAGAAAAUAAUUUCAGUUUUAAAGUUAAAGGUUAAUGAUACGGUUGAAAAUGUAGUGGCAUUAGAAUGGCUGUGUUGGCUACAAGGAAGUCUCAAAUGUCUGAAAUGACUGCGAUAUGUAAAGUGUGGUUAUGUUGUUCGGUGUAAGACUGUAAUCAUCUGAUAAGUAAACACGGAAUAGCCAUAGGCACGCAAAGGGACAGUACGUGUGAUAGACUUGGGCGGUCAACAUGUCUCUCUCAAAGCCUAUAUAUAAUGUCUUAGGAUUUUAUUUUCAACAGCUGCACACAAAUCCAGUCAGAACAAAGUCGGUCACCAGCUGUGUGAUAGCAACUCUUGGGAACUUGACAUCACAGUAUUUAGCAGGUGUGAAAGUAAUCAAUCAGGACAGCCUAAUUGCCUAUGGAGUGUUUGGGCUUUUGUUUGGAGGUUCAGUUCCCCACUAUUUCUACAGCGCUUUAGAUCGCUAUAUAUCUGAUGAUGUAGCUUUGGCACCACUUAAGCAGCUGAUUUUGGAGAGACUGGUCUUCAUGCCUCUGUUUCAGAUUUUGGCCUUAUAUGUGCUCCCACGACUAGAGGGUAAAUCACAACAGCAAUCAGCUAAACAACUUUCUCAGUUGUACUGGCCUGUAGUUAUAUCUAACUGGAAAUGGAUCUCUCUCCUGCAGUUCAUUAACUUUACAUUUGUUCAUCCAGUGUUGCGAGUGUUCGUGACCAAUUUGAUAGGCUUUGUCUGGGUUGUAUAUGUGGCCAGAAAGCGCCGUCAAGCUCGGGAUCAGAGAGGAAACAGGCAGUGAUGGACUGUUGUAACAACCACUGAAGCACAACAAGGAAAGAUGGAUUCACUAUAGGAGGAGUCAUUGAGGAGACCCUGACAUAGCCAUGUUUGUAAACAGAAACUUGCUGCAGCCACAGUCAGUCAUAAGAACAUCUUGGAAUAUAAAUAAAACAUUAGAUACAGACUUUAUUCAGGCAAUGUUAAUAAAUGAAAUACCAAGGCUGAAAUAAAAGUUGAUAACAUAUUGAA